AUGGCAGACCCCGAUUCCUCAACACGCACCAAAAUCCUCCUCCUAGGCGACAUCGAAUUCGCCAAAGACAAAUGGUCCUCCCUCGCCUCCACCCACGAAGUGAUCACUCCCAAAUCAACGGACCGCGCCAGCUUCAUCGCCGAAUGCCAAUCCGGCGCCCUCGACGGCGUGACCGGUAUCUACCGCACCUUCCCCUCCAUAACAACCACAGGCCGCUUCGACACCGCCUCAUCGCCGCUCUCCCUCCCUCGAUCAAGUUCAUCUCCCACUGCGGCGCCGGCUACGACCACAUCGACCCCUCCGCCUGCUCAGAUCGCGGCAUACUGGUGA